AUGGAUUGGGCCGCUGCCGAGCACGAGAGUGGGGUAACGCAGAAUCAUCAGCACAGAAUGCAGGCCGAAGAUCAUGGUUCUUUUACAGAAGAGAUUCAGAAACUUCCACCACCGCCGGCCGGCAAUGUGGGUGCGCAGAACUCAUCCGACCCGGCGGAUGAACAGGGUUGGCCCCAGCGUGUGUUGAAUACGAUGAAAGAUAUGCUACUACUUCUCAGCUCCGACGGCAAGAUCUUGUAUGCAUCGCCAUCUUGCAAAUCCAUCACCGGCUACGACGCAAACCAACUACAGCAGAAAGCUUUGGAGCGCUUUAUACACAAUGAUGAUAAGACCGUGUUUACCGAGGAGAUGAAUGAGUGUAUCACGACGACUCGUCCAGUGCAUUGCCAUUUCCGGUUUCGCAAGAAAGACAACAAUAGCAAUACAUCUUGCCUUUUGGAGGUACAUGGACACCCACAUAUGAAAACGUCUGAACCGAACGACAGUCCCGAAAAUCAUAAUCAAGAAUGUAUUGGCGUUUUUCUUCUGUGCCGACCUUAUCCCACGAGAAGCUCUCAGCUGAUCGACUCAUUUCUGGAGCAUAAAAUCGAGAACGUGCGACUCAACCAGCGAAUAGCACAGCUAAGGCAGGAAGAAGAGGAGGAUUUGGCAUCAGGUCAACAGUUAUAUGCCGGCGACUCCACGGGAGAUUCUACCUCCCGCCACAAUUCUCAUUCAGGCCGAUCCAAUUCCAAUCAAUCAUCGUUCCGCGAUACCACUGGGUCUGGUGAGGAGAACGAGUCAUCCGACACCCUCACAAACGAUGAUCCCGACUCCCGGUCGUACCUGGAUAUUGCCGCGGAUAGAUUGGGCCAGACGGAGGACAUGUCUCAUAUUGAGGGAAUCGAGAUGCUGACGGGUCUACACUACGGUGAUGGUGAACGUUCCCAGGGGCUCAGUACUGGCGUUCGCCAAGGUCGCCUCAUCCAUUAUGAUAUGGAAUCUGCCAAGCUAGACCAGCAGGCCCGCGUCAUCCAGGACAGCGAUCGAAAGAAAAGACAGAAGGGUGAAUAUAUGUGUACUGAUUGCGGAACCUCAGACUCUCCCGAGUGGAGAAAGGGGCCUGAGGGACCCAAGACUCUGUGUAAUGCAUGCGGAUUACGCUGGGCCAAGAAGGAAAAGAAACGGCAAGAUCAAAUCUAG